UGCCUCCUCCCUUUCGCAAGGUGAGUGGUCGCCCCUCUCCAGUGGUUCCAACCUGGACCCUUCGGUUCAUUCGCAUGGGUGCCUGUUUCUCCUGCAGUAACUUCGGACACCCCCAGCCCGAGCCCUCUGAGUGGUUUCAAUCUAGGGGACCCAGUAGAGCGACUCCACAGUGUCCGCCCCGCGCCUGCACCCAACGUCUCCGCCUCCCUGCGGGUGCUGCUGCAUCUCCCCCCAUGUCAUCCUCUCAACCCCUCGUCACUUUGUGGAAGAAAACCAGGCUCUCUCUUUGGCUUUCAUCCGUUUAUGGCAAACCAAGUUAAGGAAAAAUUCCGUCCCCUUUUAUUUUUCUCAAGUCUCGUGUAGUUCAGGCUGGCCUCGAACUUGCUGUGGAAACAAGGAUGCCCCUGAAUUUAUUAUUCUGCAAUCUUCACGUCCCAAGUGUUGGGAUUAGAGGCUAUAUCGGGAAGAACAUUCAGGAUACGGUACUGAGAAGCCGAGAAUGGGGCUCAGUUGGUCGAAUUGCUUCCUUAGCAUUUGGGGCCACGUUGCCUUGCUGGGGAGGCCGCCAGUAAUCAUGAGAGUUUCACACUGAAUAAGCAUUCAGGCCCUUGCACUGUGGGUCCUACAGCUCCUCAGGAGGUCACCUGCCUUUUCUUGGCAGCCUUCUGUUGCUAAGAAGAGAAGCUAAGGAUCAUCUAGGACCGCUCAGGGGCUGACAUGGUGCUCUUCAACAACAAUCUCUUCCCAUCAUCCUCCUUGGUUUUCAUUGCCCUCAGACUCAGAGUGGCAGCCUGAGAAGACUCCAGCCUCUCUCAACUCCUGCAGUCUUGGAGAUGGGCUGGCCUCAGAUGGAAGGGCGCUGAGGGGCCUCUCUUCAAGAGCCUUCCCGGCAUGUCUAAGUGUGGGGACAACGUUGACCAGGUUGACCAGGAAUGUCGCUCGGAGCAGCCAACAGGCUUGCAUCCAGGAACCAUGCCCUGCUCUCAGAAGAGAGACACUUGGCCCAUAGUACUCUUGCCCCAGGGAGCCCUGGGGACUCAGGGUAGCGCCAAGAAGACUGCUAAACUGGGCAGUGAUUUGGGUCAAGACUGCCGGCAGGCGGGCCCACGGGGCACCAAGGCACACCGCUGUGAGGCCUGUGGUAAGAGCUUCAAGUAUAAUUCUCUUCUGCUAAAGCAUCAGCGCAUCCACACGGGGGAGAAGCCCUACACCUGUCGUGAGUGCAGCAAGCACUUCCGGAGCUGGUGGGGCUUCAUGCAGCACCAGCGCAUCCAUACAGGUGAGAAGCCCUAUGAGUGCGGCCAGUGUGGCCAGGCCUUCAGCCAAAGCUCGCACUUCACAGAGCACUUGCGCAUCCACAAAGGCGAGAGGCCCUACAAGUGUGGCGAAUGCGGUCAUGCCUUCAGCCAGAGCUCCAACCUGGUCCGCCACCAGAGGCUGCACACUGGGGAAAAGCCGUAUGUCUGCAGCCAGUGCGGCAAGGCCUUCAUCUGGAGCUCAGUGCUCAUCGAACAUGAGCGCAUUCACACGGGCGAGAAGCCCUACAAGUGCGAAGACUGCGGCAAGGCCUUCCGAGGACGGUCACACUUCUUCCGGCACUUACGGACCCACACGGGUGAGAAACCCUUCACCUGCGGCACCUGUGGCAAAGCUUUUGGCCAGAGCUUUCAGCUCAUCCAGCACCAGAGGGUGCACUACCACAAGUAGCGCUCACCCCAAUAGUUUGGAUAAACCUGUUCCUACUGAGUGAGAUGGGGACGCUUUACAGGGACACAGGAGGACAUGUCCUGUGUCCAGGUGUGAUGGCUAAAGAAACUCCAUUUUAUGGUAAGUAUUCAACUUGGAACCCACUAGCCAUUUCUCUCUGACUCCAGUUCCUGGAAGAUCCCAGUAACCCUGACUCAGUGACUCCUACCCAAAAAUGUAUAGCCAUGACCAUCUACUUGUUAUGACAUGACUGACUGCUCGUUUGGCUACUGUACCCCGCUUAUGCAGACAUUCAAGGCCUAUUUUGAGGUUAACCCUGAUUACCUAACCUUGGCAGAGCAGCACAGCUCCUGGCUUGCUUGUGCAGACACUCGAUGUGGGUUUUGCCAUUACAAAUCCUUCCCUUCACACAGUAGUCUCUAGUUUGGCUCAGAGACUGGUGUCCUUCUAGUAGUUUCAAUAAAUUUAUUACUAAUUAUAAUCCAGA